GAUUAUUUUCAAGAUGGCGACGAGCAAAACAUAUGCUAUGAAAAACUUCUCUAUGCUUAUAUCAUUUUUUUUAAGUUCGCUGGGUUCAUUGGUUGCUGUGUUUACGAGAAAUGUUGAAUAUCUACUAUCACUUCGUAGGAAACAGCAACGACAUCUGUUUAAUGCUGUGGAAGAUCACAAUGCUGUACUAAGAAAAAUGCAGAAUUUAAAACAUAGGGUAAACAAAACACGAAAAAGAAGAAGAUGGAUCAACCCAGGACGUACUGAUCUUUGCUGGCAAAAUUUAUACUCUGGAGCGUUGCUGGAACAGGAAUGGUGUCAGAACUUAAGAAUGGACUACCCUACAUUUAUGAAUUUAGUUGAUAAAAUCUGUGUAGAAGUUGAACCGGCACACAAUUCAUUUCGAAUAGACACUCUUUCUGCUGAGAAAAGAACAGCAAUGGUCCUAUAUUACUUGAAGGAUCAAGGCUCUUUACGGAUGACGUGUAAUACAUUUGGUGUAUCAUUAGCCACUCUUUCCAAGUCGUUAAGAUCAGUGUGUGGGGCAAUUAAUGAUAUUCUUGGUCCAGAGUUAAUAAAAUUUCCUUGUACAGAGGCUGAACUGAAACAUGCUGCAACGCUCUUCGAAAGCAAGUUUGGAUUCCCUCAAGCCAUCGGUUGUGUUGAUGGCACUCAUAUUCCUAUAAAAAGGCCAACUGAAAAUGCACAGGAAUACUUCUGCUACAAGAUGAAGUACAUAAAAAGGCCAACUGAAAAUGCACAGGAAUACUUCUGCUACAAGAUGAAGUACUCACUGAAUUGUCAAGCUAUCUGUGACAAGAAAGGAUGCUUUAUCGAUGUGGAGGUAAAGUGGCCUGGUAGUGUACACGAUGCAAGGGUUUUUGCUAACAGUUCAGUUAGCAAAAUGUUUGUGAACAACCGUCUUCCACCUUGUUUACAGGAAUUAUUGCCUGGGUAUACACCAGUACCGCCAUUACUAAUUGGAGACCCAGCAUACCCAUUGUUGCCUAAUGUUAUGAAAGAAUUUAAUUCAUGCAGCAGUUCAAAAGAAUUGAUUUUUAAUAACCAAUUACGUCGUGCCAGAAAUCAAAUUGAAUGUGCCUUUGGACGGUUAAAAGCAAGAUGGAGAAUUUUAAAUCGGUGUCUCGAUGUUGAAUUGGAUUUUGCAAUGAAUCUCAUUUACUCUUGUUUUGUUCUUCACAAUUAUUGUGAAAUAAAUAAGGUUGAUGUGCAUCCUGACUUGCUCCAAGUACAAAUGAUGAACGAAGAACGAUGUCAAAAUUGUGAACAUCAUAACCAAGUUUAUCGGCUAUACACGUACAACUCACAUCGAGGAAAAGCUGUCAGAGAUUCUGUGAUGGAAUACUUGCACAAUAAAAUGGAAAAUUAAACUAUGAACAUUUGUUUUUAUCUUGUAUUAUAUUGUAUUUUUUAUAGAUAGAAAUGUUUGUGAAAAACUGUCUUUUUAACUUGUAUAUUGUAUUUUUUAUAAAUAUUUUAGUCACUCCACUAAAUGAUGUUUUAUUUUUUAUUGUAU